GUUAAUUUUAUUGGAAGUGAGCCUUUGAAAGUACUAGUAUAACGCGUAUCAUCGUUGAAAUGAAAUUAUCCUAGCAGACGCCAAUAAGAUUGCGACACUUUGAACAAAAAAAAUAGCAACAUUUAAAAGCACCUCAAGCUUUCAUUAAGUUCAGAUAGUAAAUUUCUAUCUCAGGUAGAAGGAUUGGCGCAUACUGUCUCUACCAAUAUUUGUCAUCUGUUUGAUUAGGCAUGAUAUACAAGUUUGAAAGGAAGCUAGAGAACGCAAAGUAAAUAUCAUUCGAGAUUUGGUGCUAUAUCAGAGUCCUUAACCUAACAUGAAUCUUUUCAACACACUUCUCAUCAUCUCAGUGGCUGCGGUUUCAAGUGUCCUAGGUAUUCAAGUUUGUGGAAAAUUCUUGGCAAAUAUGCUAGACUUCGUAUGUGAUGGAAGAGGAUUUCAUUGGAUCAAUCCAGACGAUUUGCCAGCAAUCACGAAACGAUCAGCCAGCCGAUAUUUAUCUCAAACAUCUGGUCUCCGCCAAAGCAGGGGUGUAGUCGCAGAGUGUUGCUGGAAAGCAUGUUCAUUGGGAGACAUGGAAAGAUAUUGUGCGGCACCCUCUGGGACAUACUUUGAUAACCCAACAAGUGGACCAAUAACUGAAGAAGUGGCAAACCAACUUUCGGAAAGUGAAUCGCACAUUGAUUUUCCUACUUCCCUGACGACAGCGCCACCACAACCGAUCCGUACGACGCCAAGACCACAACCGACACCAUCCAGCACUCAACAAAGACUUCCCAAUUCACGAAGUUUAUUUUCAGGAAGUAUAUUUGGAUUACCGCGUAAUCAAGGUCCUAACCGUUUAAGAAACAGCCCAUAUUUCGUGGUUCGGUUUCAAAAUCCGACCAGAACACCAGGUUUUGUUUAGCUGUUAUAUCACUAUUCAAUUAGAUAUUGUUACUUUUAGAUGAUACAAGUAUUUUAAAUACUAGUGCACCGUAAUGCGUACUAUGUAUCAGAAAGUAAUAUGUGGCUAAGUAGACCAGACUUCACUUUAGUUAAGACAAAACCUGGCAAAACAUUCACCAUAAAUGGACAUUGUAUUAUUUCCAAGAAUACAAAAAUUGUAUGUGUAAAUUGAUAAAAGACUCGCCAGGAUAAUAUUAAAGUCGCGUUGUAACGUAGCGUGGCCAUUUAAUACAACAAACAUAACCUUUUAAACAGUUUUAUUUAACAUAGCAACAGUCUUUAUUAUUUUAAACAUAACAUUUUUACGUAGAUAUUAUCAAGUGAAUGUGACCUUAGCAUUUCUACCCCAUCUCUCUCUAACUCUAACUAGUCACCUUAAGGACGUAUGCUAGAAUUUGGUGAAAGAGAGUUAUCUGCCCUUGAAAACGGCAUUUCCCCCAAAAAUGACGUUUUCAAGGGCAGAUAACUCUUUUCAAUACCGGUGACCUAUGAUUUUUAUUGCAUAUUUUUGUUUCUUAGAUGAUUGUCCUUCAAUAUCCAAAGUUUAAAGAAAUUCUAUUAUUGGGAAAAUUUUCGCCCAUCUCACAUACAGGGAAUUCUAGCGUACGCCUUUAAGUUAUGUUGAAACAUAUAUUCAUGAGACAGUCUAGCCGCUAUGUAAAAUUACGCAAUUCGAGUGUGCCUUUUUCCUUAACAUAAUUGCUUUGAUCCCGGAAGUAAAUGAUAUAAACAACGAAGUAUACCUGUUUAACCAUUGGGCUACAUCUUUUGUGACAGGUUUGACAGCAGAUACAGAAAACUAUAUUCAAAUUCUUUUUGUAGUAAAUUUAUAAAAUAGGACAGAAUAAAAUAUAUGUUUAAUUCAAGCAUUAUAGUUUAUCAUCAGUCUCCGUAACAUAUUAACAAUUGAUUUAUAGAAGAAUACAGAAUCUCUCAAACCCUGUUACAUUACAUCCCGAAAUGUUAUUUUCAGAAAACCAG